CGACUUUUAUUUUGAAAUCGCAUCAUUUCCUGCCGUUGAAGAACGCUUCUCUGUCUGUAGCGCUUCUGCAUCUGUGUCGCGGCGCGUCUGUUAACUAGAAUUGUGCUUUGAAAUUGAAAGCUACUCGAUUGAAGAUGAAUGUGAUCGAUCAUGUGCGGGAUAUGGCAGCGGCCGGACUGCACUCUAAUGUCCGGAUCAUCAGUAGUUUACUCCUGACCAUGAGCACCAACAACCCUGAGCUUUUCUCACCGUCUCAGAAGUACCAGCUGCUGGUGUAUCAUGCUGACGCUAUUUUCCAUGAUAAAGAGUACAGGAACGCAGCCUGUAAGUACAACAUGGCUUUACAGCAGAAGAAAGUGCUCAGCAAAACAUCUAAAGUCCGUCCAUCCAGCACAGGCGGCACAACAUCUGCAGUUCAGGCACAGGUGAGCUCCACCAAACCCUCCUGAUGAGCCUCACACACACAUCCACUCAAUACCAUCGUUUGUUACAUUACCUGGGCUUAAUCACUACA